AUGGAUGAUGAGCAGAAAAAGGAGGUAUGCCUGACCUUAGGAGGAAUGGUAGAGGCUAAACAAGGCAAAUACCUGGGACUUCCAAUGGUAGUUUCAAGGUCUAAAGAACAGAUCUUUGGCUUUGUGAGGGACAAUAUCAGGAAAAGAUGCCAGAAUUGGAAAAACAAACUACUGAGUCCAGCAGGUAAGGAAGUGCUUCUGAAAGCAGUUGUAAUGGCAAUGCCUACAUACGUGAUGUCUUGCUUUAAGCUGUCCAGAAGGUUGUGCAAAGAUAUCCGUGCUUUGAUGGCCAACUUUUGGUGGGGUGAAGCCAAUGGUAAGAACAAAAUGCACUGGUUGUCUUGGGAAAGAUUGGCAAUGGACAAAAGUGCAGGAGGUAUAGGAUUUAAGGAUAUUGAAGCUUUCAAUCAAGCGCUGUUAGGAAAACAAGUUUGGAGGAUACUUACUAAACCAAAUCUGUUGGUUAGUAAGGUGUUGAAAUCCAGAUAUUCUCCACAGGAAUCCAUCCUGCAGUGCAAUAUCUCCAAAAAUGCAUCCUGGAUUUGGCAAGGUCUCAUGGGGGCAAGAAGUUUAAUUACUGCUGGAAUGAUCAGAAGGAUAGGAAAUGGAAGGAGUACAAAUAUUUGGAGACACAAGUGGAUCCCAGACACUGAUACAGGGAAACCAACUACUAGGCGAGGGAAUCACUGUGAGCUGGAGAAGGUGGAGGAGCUUAUAAGUCAGCAUAGGUGA